CCGGUGCUGGGGCUGCAGAAACCCGAAGUGUGGCGCUUUGGCCGCUGGGCCGGGGCUGAUCCUCUCCUUCACCUUCAGGAGCCCUAACUGACCCAGGUCGGCAAGCCAGACGGGCAGUAAAAUAUGAAUAGGAGAGUGGAUUACUUGGUUACGGAGGAAGAGAUCAAUCUUACUAGAGGACCCUCAGGGCUGGGCUUCAACAUCGUCGGUGGGACGGAUCAGCAGUAUGUCUCCAAGGACAGUGGCAUCUUCGUCAGCCGCAUCAAAGAAAAUGGUGCUGCAGCCCUGGAUGGGCGGCUCCAGGAGGGUGAUAAGAUCCUCUCGGUAAAUGGUCAAGACCUCAAGAACCUGCUGCACCAGGAUGCUGUAGACCUCUUUCGUAAUGCAGGCUAUGCUGUGUCCCUGAGAGUGCAGCACAGGAUACAGGUGCAGAAUGGGCCUCUAGGACAUCGAAGUGAAGGGGAGUCAAAUGCUGUUCCCGCAGCUGUGGUGCUGGUGUCAGUGUUUGCCCUCACCGUGGUAGCAGCCUGGGCCUUCAUGAGAUACCGGCAACGACUUUGAAAAGCUUGCUUUCUUCCAGUGCUCCCAAGGAAGAAGAUACAUUUCUCUCUUUCUCUCACCCUCCUCCCCUGCCAUUCUCCCAUGACUUUCCCUCUCUCUACAUAGCCAGCACGCGAUUUAUUUAAAGAGACUGCUACCCAACCGGAACUUUGCUAUUCCAAAUCUCUAAAUCCAUGUGUUCUGGUGGGAGAGCAAAGGCAUUGUUGGAAGGAAGGCUGAAGACUUGCUUAGAAUGAAUGAAGAUUUAUAUAUUUUACUAGGACCACCGAUUGAAGUUCAGCUACAACCCUGAAAGGGAGAGGUCCAGUCUUCCCAUCACCGUGGUCGAUUCCUUUUUUCUUAGCUGGCAUGCCUCCAGGGCCGGCUGUAAUAAGAGGAAGAGGGGAUUUUUUCUUUUUAAUGAUUUUCCUUGGGAAGUUUUUGUGGCCUUUAUUUAAUUUCUAAUUACCUAUUUGGGUGCCUACUUUGUUUCAAACAAAAGCAAAUGAGAAGAGCAUUUCUACUUCUUUUAAAAAGCAAAAUAUAUAUAUAUAUAUAUAUAUAUAUAUAUACACACACACACACACAUCAUAUGCAUAUAUGAUAGUAUAGUAGUGAUGCCUUUUAGAGAAUUGAAGUGAUGGAAAGCAGCUCUGGUUUCUGAUGUGAGGGAUUAAGGAAUAAUCUUAAUUGAAGAAUUUGAUACAUAAUGGGAGUGAGAGUGAGCCUCAAAAGAGGAUGCCCAAUCUGAGACAUUUAAACUGAGACAACUAAUUAAAAAAUCUUAGAACAAUAUUUCUUCUCAUAAUAGCUAUGGUGAAGUUGAGGUCAAAUGCCAUGAUCCAUCUUUGUGCAAGUCAGUCUGUUUAAAAAACUUGGGAGAUGUGAAGAUAAAUCUUACUCAUCUCUGAGCUACCGUAGUGACUAAAUAGUACCUGUUAAAGGAGCACCUGGAAUAACUGGUCAGAGCUGUGGUGAUGGGGCCAAACCAACCCAGUGAAAAAAAUCCUAAAAUGAAAAAAGAUAGUGUCUCCAAAGUGGCACCUCAGACUGUUUACUGGUCUUUCCUGUUUCUGUUAACAGACAAAAUCUGAGAGAAAGGACUGCUUCUUGUCAGGAUGGGCAUGAGGUCAGCUCUGCAUCAGUUCAGUUAAAGAAAAAGGGUUUAGAUUGCUAAUUUUUGUUUAAGGCUCUAAACACUGGUUGUGGCUGUUAAUGAAUAAGCCAUUUUGCAGUGAAGGGGAAGAAAAGAGUUUUGUGUUCGGGGAUAAGGAGGCUUGGUGGCUGUUUUGUGGGGACAUUUGAGGGAAGGGUGUGGAUAAAUGGAUGUCAGGGAAUACCAAGAAUACUAAUGAGGUGGGAGCCCUCCCGUUCAUGUGGUAUUGAAGGUUGGUUUUAAAGCACUAAGGAGACCUGAACCAAGGCUAAUUUUUAAGAAAACCAUUUCCAGUUACUCUCUCUUGCCUUCUGAGACAGCCUGCACUCUGUGGAGUGUGUGUCUAUGUCUAUUCUAACCAUCCCUCUCCAGGCCCACCUCUUGGCCUUUCUCUUGCCUUCUGAGAUGGCCUACACUCUGUCUACGGAGUGUAUACCUCUCUAAAUAAAUCUAGUUUUACUCAA